ACGUGACACAUGGCCAGUGCAACUGAGGCCUCCGAUGUUUCAUUUCAAUAGCUAUAUGUGAUGUCUUAGUCACUUUCUUGUCUCUGGUGCAAAUACCCUGACACCCACAGCUUAGAAGAGGCCUACCUUGGGUGACGUUUUUAGUCCACAGUUGGUCAGCUCCAAGGCAGGAAGGCAUGGUGGGAGUGUCUGGGCGGAGGAGAGCUGCUCAUGGCAGCCAGGAAGCAGAGAAUCAUAGGAUGAACUGGGAGGGGAGAUCUACCCUUCUGGGCCACAUCCACAGUGGCACACCUCUUCUAACCAGACCCCACCUCUGAUCAGGAAGUCAGCUGUAGUGCCCCCAUAAUUGAGUCACCACAAACACAUGAGGCUUUGGGGCCAUUUUUGGUCUAAACCAUAACAUGUAGUUAGGGGCUGUUACUGGAUACUGGAUAGUGACAGUAAAGUCUUCAUAUACUUUAACUUGUUUGCCUCCUGGCAUCAUAAAGAUGGGCUCCUUCCUGAGCCUUGUGUUGAAGGUGCCGGCAGGGGAGAACAGAAUUGGUCAAUGACUUCCCCGGGGCUGGAGUGACAGCUAGGAGUGUUAGCACCGGGGCCCAGAUCAGGGUUCCACACUUCCAGUAAGGUCCCUGUCCUCUUGGGGCACAGUAGGUACAGCAAAUGCUGUGUGGCUUUCAGAUCUACCACCCACAGCCUGGGAGCAGGUGUUGCCUCAGAGCUGUCAGCAUAGUGUUGCAAAUGCCACACCUCGAAGGCAGGCAGUGACUGUCCCUGUGUAUUGUUACACAACUACUCCCUAGCAUAAUGCCUGCCACAGGGAGGUGCUUAGUAAGUUAUAGCUGAAGAUCAGGUUCCACUAGCACAUGAGAGACCCAGGACGUUGCUGCUGGUCAACUGCUGUAUCUUCACUCCUUCUCACCUCUUCCCACCACCACCACAGGGCCCUGUCCUCCCUGUAGGUACAGAUGAGCUCAGCCAGGCUUGGUGGCCCCAUGCAGCUAGGCGUGGGUUGGGUGAGAUGGCAUAUGGAGAUGGCAUUUCCCCAGUGCCGUGGGACAUCUAUAAUUAGGAGGAAUCUUCUUGAAAAAUGUUUUGCUGAGAGUGUCACAAAAAGAACUGGCUGCUUUCGGGGGACCUGCAGCAGCACUCUGGCCACUAUCUGGAGGAGGGACAGACCAGGAUUCAGGCGGCCACAUGGAGCAGAGCUGUAAGUGACACAGUGAAGUUCCUUUAUUGUGAAGCACCUCUCUUGGAUUUUUUCUUCGCCCCAGUUGAAGGCAUCCUACAUGGGGCAAUGCGUAGGAAGUCCAUGGAGCAGUUUUCAGUGUGGUCCUCAUCCAGCAGGACUCUCACAGGAGUGGGUUGUGGAAUCUGAGGCUGACCCCUAAAUCACUCUUUGCGUUCCUGCCUAACCAUGUGAUCUCCCUCUUGUACUGAUUCUUGCCAAUGACAUCCCCACUAGGUAGGUACUUUUGUUAUUUCCAUUUACCAGGGGACACUGAGGCACACAGUGGAAGUUACUUUCCUGGGUCCACUAUCUGGGUAAAGGUGGGCAGAAUUUGGCCCCAUGUGAGCAGUCACUGACUGCCAUAAAAUGCCUUGUGUGCACCUGUGUGUGGAUGUAGAACCUUCUGCAGCACACAGGGAUGCCCCCUGGUCAGGUCAGAGUGCGGAGAGCACGCUCAUGGCUGGAAUACUGUGGACACUGAAGAGAGCCUGGAGUUGGGGGAGCAGUGGAGAUGUUUUCUUGGGUGUGAAUCUUGUUUAUCCUAAAAUUUGUCACAGUCCAUCAGGAUGGGAUGAGGAUAGAGCUGGGCCCUGGGAAUACUUUGGAGGACAGCAUGAGAGGUUUUGUAGGAGGCGUGUCAGGAAGCAGCAUUAACCACUAGUCUCCCUUGCAAUAUCUAGGUCCCAGUCACAUGACCACACAAAAUGUGGUCGCACGGCCAUGCCUGUUGCAAAGGCUGCUGGGAAAUGUACCUUGCCAGGAUCCAUUUCCCAGCAGCAACCUCACUAUGAAGAGACCAUGAUUUUUUUUGGUAAAUGGACAUAAAAUGAAUCAGUCUUGGCCCUAAAUGUUUUAUGCAUUACCUCCCUUAACUUCCUUCACAGACCUAUCGUGUUAAUAUGAUUAUUAUCUUUUUCAGGUAAGGAGAUAACAAUUCAGUUGCUUGCUACAAACUUCAGCUAGAAAAUUAUGGUUUUGAGGUGAAAUGGAUGAAAUAAGAUAGGCAGAAAGAGAAAAUAAUUUUAAAAUUGUACUUUUUUUUUUUAAGACUGCAACUUCAGGACACACAGUUACAGUUAUCCAUAUCUUCCCAGGCUUUCAGGCCCACUCAAAACAUACAAAUCCCUUAAAGAUAUUGUAAACCCAUAAAUCAGCUUAGUUGAUAAAGGGCAGAAGCCUGACUUUAAGAUAGAGAAAUAGAUUCAAAGAGUUCAGAUAAUGUUUUUAGGCAAAACGUCUUAGGUCACCUAUCUUAAAAGAUUUUUAAGAUACAUACUAUAGAUUUUAAAUUGAACCUGAGAUUUCUGUAGAUUCAUAAACUCCACAGAUUUUCAACCCACAGAACACCUAAAUAUUUCCAGCUUCAGACCAUAACUUGAAUCUCUCUUGAGCACCUGCACUCUAUCUUUUCUGAGUCUGUACCUUAGUUCUGCCUAAUAAAACUUUCUGUGCCUCUCACUGGUGUGUCCUGAAAUUCUUUCAUGUGACCAGAGUCAAGACUAAGUUGGGGUCCCCACCUCCUCUUUGGGGGAACUCCUUGGACCCCAUCCUGUGACAGUUUGAUCAAGACACUCAAACUGCAAAGACCAUUUUUCUAACUGCUAUGAUAUAGCUAAGCCGCUCUAUACUGCGCCUAAGAUAGUUUUUCCAUACUCCUCCCAGCUGACUAAUGAUAUAAAUGUGUGCAGUCAGCUGUGAACAUCUAAGAGGUAGUACCAUUGGCCAUUUAGAGAAGUGUCAGCUUUCAAGUUGCAUUUCCAUGUGUAGAGUUUGACCUUUACUGUGACUUGGCUGGAAAUGGCAGAGUUGUCCUGGGCACAUUACCCAUCUGCUUGGCUCUAGUUCUCUACCACUUUGGCCACCAAGUCAAGGCAACUGCAUUUGUAAAUGUGUAUCAUCUGUGUCAUCAGUCAACACUUUAAAAAGAAAUUGGAAAAAAAAAUCUAGGCCAGUGCUGAGGUCACUUCUAAGGACAAAUAAAGGGGCAUAGUGCUCUUUCCCUGGCUGACUCCCUCCGAGGCAAGGAAUAUUCAUCUGUAAUCAUUCUCACUGGGAGAAGUCAGAACCAGAACCCAGAGUACCUUUGGGAUUCAUUCAGCCUUCCACAAAACCGGAAGUAGGAAAGAGAAACACUUAAAAGAAAAUUAAUUGAGGAAAUUAAGCAAGAUGAACCCAGAGAACCUCUCCAAAUUACCAUUGUUCAAUAAAAAUAGCUUUGUGGUUUCCAUUAUCCCCGGGCUGCAGAAAGAAGAGCAAGAGGCUGUGGAGAAACGCGGCUGCCAGGUGCUGACGGCACUGAAAAAGCUGAGCAAGGACAACGAGGCUUGGAACCUCCCCAAGGCCCAGCCACCUGUCAUUGCUGUUCUGGGCUCUGGCGGGGGGCUGCGGGCCCACAUCGCCUGCCUCGGGGUCCUGAGUGAGCUGAAAACUCUUGGCCUGCUGGAUGCUGUCACCUACCUCUCAGGGGUCUCGGGGUCCACUUGGGCUCUGUCUUCCUUUUACACCAAGGACGGGAACACAGAAGAUAUUGAGGCUGAGCUGAAGCAUCGAUUUGACCAAAAGGAGUGGGACUUCAAGCACAGCCUAGAGAAAACCGUCGAGGCAGGGAAGUUGGAGAAUUACUCUCUGACGGAUUUUUGGGCCUACAUUGUUGUCUCCAAGCAAACCAGGGAACUGCAGGACUCUUGCUUGUCUAGCAUGACGAAGCAUGUGGAGGAAGGGACACUCCCUUACCCGAUAUUUGCAGCCAUUGAUGAUGACCUUCACCGUGACCAUAAGGAAAAAGCCCAGAAUCCCUGGUUUGAGUUCACACCACACCAUGCUGGCUACCCUGCACUCGGGGCCUACAUCCCCAUCGCCCACUUUGGAAGUAAAUUCAUGGAGGGAAGACUGGUCAGACCUGAGCCUGAGCGAGACUUGUCCUUCCUGAAAGGAUUAUGGGGAAGUGCUCUGGCUAGCCUUGAAGAAAUUAAAAAUUUCAUUUUGGAUCAGUUAUUGAGCCUGAAAGAAAAAUUGAAUAUGACACAUUUACACCUGAAAGGUGAGAGAUUUUACCAUGAAAGCACAGAAGUUGCUGGUUGGAUAGACAGCACUGGGACCAUUGUAGAAGAGCUGCUGGACUUGGCGAUGACUUACAUAAAAGAUCCAAAUGCCCCCGGCAUCCUGGAGAAGCUCCAGGUCCUACAGCAAAAACUGGAGGCUGGAAGGAGAGGGGACGAUGAAGUCAGCGAGACUGCACUCAGAUGGCUGGCUGAGAUGGCCCAGGAUUGGAACAACGUCUCCCCAGAAGAUCAGGGGAAGUUCCUGGAACAGCUGGUACAAUGCUUCAUGAAACUAGAAGAGCAUUCAGGCCUGAGUUCAUACCCCAGGCUUUUUUUCAAAGACGUGAUGUCCGAGAUCCUGGACACUUUCAAAGUUCUGAUUAAAACUGGAGUGUGCUGUUUCAAGUGGGAAUGGGGAACCAUUUACAACUUCCUGUAUAAACAUGGUGACAUCGAAGAAAAGGAAAUGAGCAACCGGGAACUCCUCCACCUGGUGGAUGCUGGUUUUGCCAUCAACUCUCCAUACCCUCUUGUUCUGCUCCCUGCACGGAAUGUCCAGCUCAUCCUCUCCUUUGACUUUAGUGCUGGGGAUCCUUUCGAGACCAUCAGGUCCACUGCUAAGUACUGCCAUGACCACAAGAUCCCCUUUCCCCUGUUGGAAGAGGCAAAGUUGAAGGAGUGGUCAGCAGCCCCCAAAAGCUGCUACAUCCUGAAAGGGGAAAAAGGACCUGUUGUGAUGCAUUUUCCCCUGUUCAACAUAGACACUUGUGGAGCUGACAUUCAGAAAUUGAGUGAGACAUAUGACACCUUCAAAAUGGCUGACAGCUACACGCUAGACCUGGUGACUCAGCUCCUGAGGCUGUCCAAGGAGAAUGUCAGCAAAAACAAGGAGACGAUCCUUAGCCAGAUACGGAGCAUGGCCAGUCAUAGGCUCCAAGAAGAGCAGAGAAAUGAGUGACCAGAUUCGGCCACCAAAUGCCACCCCAAGCCAUGAACUCGUCCUGCACCUGAACCCUGUGACACUUAAUACCUCCAUGAACAUCACUUGCUUCAUUAGCGAAGACACCCAACCCACCCAGCUCUCUCACACCACUGGCUGACUCCUCUUCAGCCUCAGGUCGAUCUUCAGUCCUGCAGAGGAACCUGUCUCCAAUCCUCAAACUGAGAGGUUCCCUGCCACAUGCUCCACUAUCCCUUGCCCUUCCUACUCCCCACAUUCCCUCCCUGCUGAGCCCACAAGUGGUUUAUACUUAUUUUUUGACUCUUUCGCUUCAUAUGGAGGUGUGCAGAAGUGGGGGUCAGGCACUACAUCCCUUUGCUCACUGUGGUGUUCAUUCAUUAAUUCCCUAGUCAUUCAUUAGAAGCUUACUGUAUACUUGCCUGCCAGGCACCACCCCAGAAGCUACAGGCGCAGCAGCAAACAAGUCAGGCAAGGCUCUUGCUGCCCUGGGAUUUAUAUCUUCUGGGGUGGAGCCAUGACAUUGACAGGUAAACGAGUGAAUGGAGAGCAUAGGUGUGGAGAGUGAUCAGUGCCUUAUAUAAAGACCAAAAAGCACAGUAUGUACCAGGAAGCGAAAAAGGGCUCUGCAGGAAAGAGAGUGGUGGUCUUAGAAGGCAUCCUGAAGAAGCACCCUUUUCCCUGGGACUGGAUGCUGAGAAGGGGUAGCCAUGAGGACGUCUUGGGAAACAGACUUCCAUGCAAAGGGAAAGCAAGUGCAAAUGCCCUGGUGUAGAAAUGGCUUUGCUUGAUUCAUGGAUUAAUGGAUCAGGAAGAAGGCUCUCAUUGCUGGAUCAGGGUUAACUGGGUGGAAUUGUGUGACAAAACAUGAUUGGAAAGACAUACAAAGAUCAUGUGAUUUCUGGCAAGGAAUCAUGACAUUUAAUACAGGCUGAAGAGCUAACACUAGCCUAAUUCUAGACAUAAGUGCUCAGAAUUUAUAGGAUUGGAUAGACCAGUGAGCACUUACACAGUAAUCGUAGACUAUAGGAAUGCCACAAGUGGGUGGGAGAUCUUUCAUCAAAUCCAGGUUUGUCAGUGAACAAGU